ACAAAUAUACAUGAAUAUAUUUGCCAGCCUAAGAUGAUUCGAUUAAAUCGAUUGUCACGAUUUCUAAGCAUUGACUUGUGCAAUUCUUUUUACAAAUAAAAUCACCUCGUUUCUCUCGCAUGAGAUAAUAUAUUUUUCUAAACAAGUUGCGUGAUAUAUUAUACGUUUUCGACGUUUUUGUAAGAAAAUUGAGUUAGUUUACUUAUUGUAUUGCUCUAUAUAUAAUAAAACCCUGAAAUUUAGGUGCAUCGAGAGAUUAAAACAAAACAUGAAUCUAAAAUCAGAGCUGAAUGAUCUAGAGGAAUUGACCUCAAAUGCGAAGCAAAUACAAGACGAUAUGUUGGAAGAGAUACUAAGAGUUAGUGCGAACACAGAGUAUCUUCGACCCUUUCUUCACGGGAGCUCUCAUAAAGAGCUUUUCAAGAAGAACGUACCGGUGGUGACCUACGAAGAUGUUAAGCCUUAUAUCGAACGUGUGGCUAAUGGAGAACCCUCAGAUAUCAUCACGGGCGAGCCUAUUACUCAUUUUUUCUUAAGUUCUGGAACUAGUGGAGGCAAACGAAAGAUGUUCCCUGUUAACAAUAAGUAUUAUCAGAAGAGGAUAUUUAGCGAAGAUCUACGCUGCUCUAUUUUGUCCAAGCAUAUCGAUGGCGCCAUGGACGGAAAGGUGAUAACAUUUCUUAACACUAGAGCAUUGUCCAGAACUCCCUCUGGUCUGCCUGUUGGUCCUGUAAUUAUGAGCUUCAUAUUGAGCGAAUAUUUUAAGAACUGGUCGUCCAAACGUUAUACCAGCCCUGACGAAGUCAUAUUAUGUACUGACAGCAAACAGAGUACUUACUGUCAUUUUCUUUGUGCUCUUGUCCAGCGAGAGGAGGCUGUGAGUAUUUUUGUUCCAUUUGCUUGUGCGUUAGUCCAAGCAAUCAAAUUUCUAGAAACUCACUGGAAAGAGUUAUGUAAUAAUAUUCGUUCUGGUCGUGUUAGCGAAUGGAUUACCGACCUUGGUUGCAGAGACUCUGUCUCCGUCAUGCUUGGAGUACCUAAACCUGAGUUAGCAGAUCAGAUUGAACGUGAAUGCUGUCGUCAGGGAUCAUGGGAAGGCAUCAUCACACGUCUAUGGCCUAACAUCAAAUUCAUUCAAAGCGUAGUUACAGGACAGAUGAGUCAUUUCAUUCCAGUUUUGGAGUUCUACUCCAACAAAUUGCCUCUGGUCUCCAUGAGCUAUUCUGCUUCUGAAACAUUGUUAGGGAUCAAUGUGAAUCCCCUAUGCAAACCACAAGACGUUUCUUAUACAUUUUUGCCCAACAUGUCCUACUUUGAGUUCCUACCUCUUGAUGAAGGAAACGAUGCUGAAGUAGUUGAUCUCGUGAACGUCAAGUUAGGACACUUUUAUGACCCCUUGGUCACAAAUCAUUAUGGGUUAUACAGAUAUAGAAUGGGAGAUAUUCUACAGGUUACUGGAUUUUACAAUAAAACACCUCAGUUUAGAUUUGUGCGCAGAAAGGAUAUGGUUAUAAGCGUCUGUUUGGAAACAACAACUGAAGAAGAGAUAGUAAAUGCCGUGAACUGUGUGACAACCAUUCUUGAGUCUGAAGGUUUAAUAUUGAUGGGAUUCACUUGCAAACCUGAUAUCUCCACCUUCCCAGGUCAUUAUGUUUUCUACUUGGAGCUUAAAGCCAAAAACUUUGAUGGCAUUAUUAAGCUUGAUGACAGUGUAAUGGUCAAGUGUUGCUGUGUAAUGGAGAAAUCAUUUAAUGCUAUGUAUAAAAGAUUUAGGACAACGUAUGUGAGCAUCGGAGCUCUAGAGAUAAGGGUGACCCAGCAAGGAACGUUUGAUUCUCUCAUGGAAUAUUUCAUCUCCCAGGGUGCUUCUGCCUCCCAGUACAAGACACCUCUAUGCAUAAACUCUCCUCAAGGUUUAGCGAUUCUUGAAGACAGAGUUAUUGCUCAGUUUUUCAGUGACAAAUCCCCUCCUUGGUGAUCAGAUAUGAAUAGGGAAGGGACAAAGCAACUGAGUGACUUUUGGUUUAUGUUUUGUGGAGAAAUUUUUGGUUUUGUGUGCAAGUGCUGGUGGUCUGUGUGAUAUGUCUUAGAUGUUUUGCCCGCAAGCGGAUAUAAUUAUCUUAUAAUUAUGUAUUAAUAUAUAAAUUAUUAAUUUAAGGAAUAUCAUUAUCUUUAA